AGGACGAACUCCUCGCGAGAGCUUAGGUUGAAGCUGCCUCCGCCAUCUUGGAGAUGGGAGACGGGGGAUGGUUGUGGUCCUUCUGCUAAUGCAAACAACAAAACGGGCACAUUAGGCGCCCCAGACGGAGGCGAUCACCACUGUGACUGUUGGCCAAAGCUACAGGAGAAGCGAGAGUGUCAAAGCCGAGAGCAGCGACAUUGGUAGCCGCUUCACCUGCCUGCUGGGGCGGCAGAAGUGAGACGGCUGAGGACUGGAAGGAUGGUGCAGUCCUGCUCCGCCUACGGCUGCAAGAACCGGUAUCAUAAGGAUAAGCCUGUUUCUUUUCACAAGUUUCCUCUUACUCGACCCAAUCUUUGUAAAGAAUGGGAGGCAGCUAUCAGAAGAAAAAACUUUAAACCCACCAAGUAUAGCAGUAUUUGUUCGGAACACUUUACUCCAGAUUGCUUUAAGAGGGAGUGCAACAACAAGUUACUGAAAGAGAAUGCUGUACCCACAAUAUUUCUUUGUACUGAACCACGUGACAAGAAGGAAGAUCUGGAGCCACAGGAACAGCCUUCCCCACCUCCUUUAAAACCUCCCAUUUCCCAGGUUGAUGCUGCUAUUGGAUUACUAAUGCCUCCUCUUCAGACCCCUGAUAAUCUCUCAGUUUUCUGUGAUCACAACUAUACUGUGGAGGAUACAAUGCACCAGAGAAAAAGGAUUCAAGAGCUAGAACUGCAAGUCGAAAAACUCAGAAAGAAGCUCAAGACUGCACAGCAACGAUGCAGAAGACAAGAACGACAGCUUGAAAAAUUAAAGGAGGCCAUACACUUCCAGAAAGAGAAAGACGUACCGGAGCGAGGUUUUGUGUUUCUCCCAGAAAAUUACUUUGAAAUAGUUGAAGUACCAGUAUAGAAAGAGUGAAAUUUGUAUUGGUUUUUAAUGGGGCAAUACCACAUACCCUCUUCUAGUCUAUAAAGGAGUUUCAUUUGAAAAAAAUAGCACUUGAUUACUUGUAUAAAAACAAUUCAGAAUAUUUUUUUAAAUAAAUUAGAUAUAUACUAUAAAAUUGUUAAUUCUUUUGUUUGUAAUUUCGGGGUUUAUACAUUUUAACAAAUAUUUUGAAAGUUAUAAACUAACCUCAGAACUCCAAUAUAAGUUGGUUUUAAGACUGAGGGUUUUUGUUUUUUAAUUUGAGCAUUUAUAGAAAUAAUGUAAAAAUGAAAAGGAAAGAGAAUGAGAACAGUACAGUAAAGAUGAUUUAAGUUGAAAAUUUAAAAUUAACUUAGUUUAUUGAGAGAACUUAGUUAUAUUUUAAAUCAGAAGUAUGGCUUAGCUCAUAGGACAUAACUUCUCAGAAUAUAGUGGAACCUCGUUUCUCUAACUUAAUUCUAUCCAGAAGGCUGUUCGAGAAGUGAUUUGUUUGAAAACAGAAUCAGUUUUUCCCAUUAGAAUUAAUGUAAAUUGAAUUAAUCCAUCCCAGACCCCCAAAUGAUUCCCUGUUUCAACCUUUCUUAUAUACAGUACGUACAUGGCUGAUGUACAGAUUAAUUUAUAAAUAAACACUUCUUUUCUAAAAUUUAUGGAACCACCCCUAUUAGCCUUAAAGGAAUUUUUCAUACAUCACUGUCUCCAGAAUGCUAUCACCAGCUAACUUCUUUUCCUUUAUUCAAUCAGCAACAGUUUUCCUACCUAUUCAAUUGCCUGUGAUUGCUGUUUUGUGAGCACUUUCACACUCUUAGCUACAUUAGCACUCUUAAUGGCCUCUUUUUGUAUUAAAAUUGUGCUAAUUGCCAGCAACAAAAGCAUUCUCUCCUUUGCUUGUUGCCUUUGGGAAGCUUUUUGUUAUGCUGAUACCUCAGCAUGAAAGAGUUAUUGGUCGAAAACUGAAGUUUUGGUCGACAACUGAGACAUUGUUUUCUGUGAAUGACUUGGUCGAGAACCAAAUUGUUCUGAGAUGGGAGAUGGUUGAGAAACGAGGUUUGACUGUAUAUACUGUAAUCUUAUUCACACAUUCUUAUUUGUAAAGUUAGAAGUUUCAUUUAUCUUAAUCAUUUGUCAAAGAUAAAUUGACAAGUCAAUACAUUAAAAAAAGAUCGGAUAUCUUAACAUCAGAAAGUGAAGAAUGGAUUUUUUAAAAGUGGGCCCCUCUUUUGCCCUAUUGUCUAGCAUUAUAAAAUUAAAAGUGUAUCUCCAGUGAAAGACACACUCUUUAACAAACAGUAAGCCUUGUUAUCAGUGAAGUAAUAAAAAUGGGUCUGAUCCAUGUCA